AUGAAGGCCCUGCAAAAAUCUAUAGCGAAGCUGGCAAUUGGAGAAUGUUCCGCGUACCAUGACCUUGACAUCGUUCCGAUCACUUUCCAGUUCUGGAUGCGGCACGCAUUGAGCAUAGGAAAACGGCCUUCCGUUUCGCCACUAUUCCUCGAUGCAUACAGGUCGUUGAUGCGUGUCAUGAUUAGACACCUUUACUUUCCUGAAGAUCCUAGUAAAAUGGCACCUCAGGAGGCGGACGAUUUCAGAUCUUUCAGGCAUGUCAUGGGAGACACUCUCAAGGACUGCUGCUUCGCAUUAGAGGAAGCAUGCGCCGGGAGACCAGUGUCAUGGCAAGAGAUUGAAGCACCUCUGUUCUCUUUGCGUUCUAUGGGUGCCGAGAUAGAUCCUUCGGAUGACCGUGUCAUUCUAAAAAUCACGGAUUUAAUGCCUUCGCUUGCAGACUACCCUCGGGUGCGAUAUGCUGCAAUCAUGGUGAUAUCAAGAUAUGCUGAAUGGACCAGCCGACACCCGAGUUAUAUUCCAUUCCAGCUGCAGUUCGUCUCAAGUGGAUUCCAGGACGUCGACAGUGAAGUAUCUGCUGCUGGCAUUUCAACGCUGACAUAA